AUGGAAUUUCCGAUCGAGGGGCUGGUUCAAGGCGACACGGGAACUUCUUACGUUAUCCAGACUAAAAAGCUCUCCUACACUUUCCACAGUCUGUAUGAUGAAUAUAGACAUUUUUUGUUUUGGAAGAGCGUUAAGGUAUCGCCAAGGUUCAUCGUCAAGAAUGUGGAUUUCGAGGCGAGGCCGGGGGAAAUCACAGCAAUUGCUGGUCCUAGUGGAGCAGGGAAAACUACACUGUUGGAGAUUCUAGCUGGGAAGAUUUCACCUAGGAAGGUUUCUGGUGAGGUGCUGGUUAAUGAUCAUCCUAUGCACAUCGAGAGUUAUCGUAGACUAUCGGGUUAUGUUACUCAAGACGCCGUCUUAUUCCCACUUCUUACAGUCGAAGAAGUCCUGACUUAUGGUGCGCUUUUGAGGGUUCCGGGUGGGAAAGAAGUGGCUAAGCAUAGAGUUAAGAUGCUGAUGAAGGAGCUUGGACUUGAACAUAUAUCUGAUUCAAGAAUAGGUGAAGGUUCAAGCCAUGGCAUUUCUGGUGGGGAAAGGAGGAGGGUGUCAAUUGGGAUGGAAUUGGUCCACGACCCUGCGGUUUUGCUCAUCGAUGAACCAACUUCAGGCUUGGAUUCAGCAUCGGCCCUUCAUGUUAUUUCUCUGCUGAAAUUAAUGGCUGUCAAUCAAGGUAAAACAAUUAUCCUGACCAUCCAUCAACCUGGAUUUCGAAUCCUCGAGUUGUUUGACAGACUUGUUCUGCUCUCAAAUGGAUAUGUCCUGCACAAUGGUUCAUUAGAAUUACUCGAAGAACGGCUCAAAAAAGCUGGUUAUCACAUACCUCCACAUAUCAACGUGCUCGAAUUUGUCAUCGAUAUCUCUAGUAGCAUAACCAUACAAACUUCAGAAGCUCCCAACAGCGAGUCCGUUUUCGAAACUGAUGUAGAAAGUGAAGGAAGUGCAGAAAAUGGUUAUCACAGUGUAAGAAUUUCGACUUCCUGUGACAAGAAAAAAAUUACAUCUUACUCAAAUUCUCAAUUUCAGGAGGUUCUAAUUCUAGGGGAAAGAUUUUGCAAGAACAUUUUCAGAACCAAAGAACUCUUUGCAACACGAAUAAUUCAAGCUGUGGUAGUGGGAUUCAUACUCGGUACAAUAUACAUGAAUGUCACCAAUAAUAUAGGGAAGGUUGCUUUACAAACCCGACUUGGAUUCUUCGCUUUCAGUCUCAGUUUCUUGCUAUCCUCCACGACGGAGGGCCUGCCAAUUUUCCUGCAAGAGAGAAGAAUAUUAAUGAGAGAGACAUCAAGAGGAGCAUAUAGGGUAUUAUCUUAUGUUUUAGCAAACACCAUUGUGUUCCUUCCUUUUCUCUUAAUGGUUGGUCUACUCUUCAGUACCUCAGUUUACUGGCUAAUCGGCCUGAGGCGCGAUUUGGAUGGUUUUCUCUAUUUCUCCCUGGUGGUUUGGGUGGUUGUCCUUAUGUCAAAUUCUUUCACAGCAUGCUGCAGUGCACUUGUGCCGAACUUUAUAAUGGGUACAUCUAUAAUUUCAGGGCUAAUGGGGGCUUUCUUUCUUUUCUCUGGGUAUUUUAUUGAUCAGGAGAAUAUACCCAGCUACUGGAUCUUCAUGCAUUACUUGAGCCUGUUCAAGUACCCUUUCGAGAGUUUGAUGAUAAAUGAAUACGGAGGAAAAGGAAGCAACAAGUGCUUGGAAAUUUUAAGUGGUCAAUGCAUCCUAUAUGGAAAUGGGUAUUUGAAACAGCAGGGUCUUAAAGAGUCACAGAAGUGGACUAACAUGGCUGUGAUGUUGAGUUUCGUCUUAGGUUACAGAGUUCUCUGUUUUCUCAUUUUAUGGUUCAGAUGUUACAGAACCAGACAUUAA